AUGGGGACUAUAGGCUAUGGUGAGGCCGUAUCUUGGAGCCCUAUUCAAGAAGAAACCCUAUUCAGCAACGAUGGCUUAAAAUUUGUCGUAAAUUUAACGGAAAUAUCUACAGUUGUGCAGGCGUUGGAAAGCUCGAACAGCCAGCGAGAUGGCGUAGAUAUUUCAGAUUUAAACUCGAGUGAAUUUUGUGCAGAUGCAACUGCAAAAGAGCUGCAAGAUUUGUUCGUGACUCAGACAAGCCAAUAUGCAAGAUAUUUUCGCUAUCGACAAAAUGCCUUGGAGAAAUUAUGGCGAAAGAGAGAGGAGUUGAAAACUUGUUCUCCAAAGUUGAGUUGUGAUACGAAAGGAAAAGAUGAACAGUUAGCAACGGUCGCUAAACGCCGAGUGGACUUCUCCUCUCGUGUCAGCCUGCUUUUACUUAUUCCAUUGAUAAAGUCGCAUAGCAAAACCGACCCUAGUUUAGCUGAACAUUCAACAGAAAUCUUAUUUCAAUGCUUGAAAGAUUGUUUGCCAAAUUCACUGAGUGACGAGCCCCUGAGUUGUGUGACUGGUUUAGCAGAUUUGCUGACGGGCUGGCUCGCGGGUGACUUAAAAUAUGAGCAAAAUUUGGAGGGCAGUGAACUUGAAAAUGCCUGUGCAAUGGAAAAAGAACACAAUAUAACUGUAGUUCAAAAUGAAACAGUCAUUGGGUGUCUUCUUUCUCUGGCCUGUGCAAGGUAUUAACAUAGAGGUCAAUAGAUCAAAUUUGCACAAUGGAAUUUGACAAGGGUAAACAUGUCAAAUUCUGACAACUGUUAGAAAACAAAUUAUUUUCUUUGGGUUUAGUUAUGUUUACACACUGGGCUGGGAGAAGUCAGAAAUGUGUUUAAAUUUGCUCAAUUUUGUCUGCGUCCUUGCAGAAUAGAUCAACACUCCCCCUCCUUCCCCCCCAUGGAGGAAAUUAGUGACACAAGGGAGGGGGUAAAUCUUUUGAGAAUCAUUGUGCUAAGAUGCCUGGGGGAGUGAGGGAGUUCCACUUCCCAUCUGUUCAGUGGGGAGGUGUUGAUGUUUCUGGAGUGAGCCCAGUACGCAUUGACACAGGCGACAUGAAAUCAACAUGGUUGCACAGGGUUCCAUAUUUGUGUGCACAUUGGCUUGGUAAGCAAAAACGUAUUGAACUAGUUCAGCCAGUUAUAGGAGGGGACAUCCCCUGUACACGGGUCCUAGCAGCGUCUGAAAUUUUGAUUUUUUCAGUAUGCCACCGGGAUACCAGGAUUCAAUGUUCUAGUAUCUCAUCUGAGAAGCCAGUAUCCCACUUCUGGAUACUGGUUAAACUUCGUUCACACUAGCAAUUUUGUCGGCGAUUUUUCUCCUGCUGGCAAAUGUGAUCGAAUGAACGACAUGCAAAAGACUUUGUUUACUUCUGAAAAAGCGACUCUACGCUUUUGUGUGUGAGAUCACUCAUUUGCAUCCAUCAGAAACACAGAGUCUCUGUCAAAAUUGCUGCUGGUGAGAACCAGGCUUAACCGUGAAUUGUACAUAUACAUAUCAAGCUGGAUCUAUCCUUCUACAAGAAAAUUGUGAAUAUAUAAUGACACAUUAUAUGAGGCAAUUAGCCUUUCUCAUGAUGAUGAAUAUCCACCAUUUUUGGGUGGCAUCUAAUUCUCUUUAACCAAUGCAGACAAUUAAAACAAUGAUAAGUUUGGAUGUGAAAAGCAAUUUUUCAAAAUAAACUAUCAUCAUUCAUUCAAAAAAACUAUAAAAAAGUUGCUGUUAUGUAGACUUAUCUCAGUCUUCAGCUGAAAAGCCACCCAAAAAUGACGGCGUGAGAAGCCUUUCUCACACACCGCCAUAUUUGCACAUUGCAAUUUCAUGUAGGAUGUCAUUGAGGUUAUUUGUGAAGACGUUGUUAAUGCUCCAGCAAAACAAGGACAGGCUUGGGAUGCUACCUCUUGUGAAUGUGUUGGAGAGUACUGUGCAAUAUGAGAGAUGUGGCUGGAGAAGCAAUCCUAGUGUCAUAUUGGCAUCACAUUUGAAGAGUACAUGGAAGUAUGGUAUGAACCAUCCAGGUAUGGUAUAUAGAUCUGAAUGAAACCAGGUAAUGCCUUAAGUAAUAGGUAAGGCAUUACUGGCCACUAAAUAAAUGCUGUACAGUGAAAAUAAUACUGACUAAGAGAGCUUGAACAAGUGAUGUUUGUCUUGUCAAUCGAGCUGUUAUAGAUGGAGACACUUUGAAAUCGCAAAUGUUUAGCUACAUUGAUUGCCAUUCUUGAUUUGUUGGACAUCUCUCAAUUUCUGCAGAGAUCAUUACUGCUCUGGUAUGUUCACUCCAAUCCAGAAUGACAAUGGUAUUGUGGCAAUCGUAAUGUGCAGAUCUGCUAGUUAAUCAUGUUCUCCUUUCCUGUCUUCUUUAGUUUGUAUGAAGGGCAAUGUGAUCGCAUGUGAUGGAAAGUACUUGUACAUAUUACAUGGAUCUUGUAUGAUUAAAUUGGGCAGUGGAAAACACAAUACACUCAGGUAAAUUGGAUGAAACAGAAGUUAAUGACAAGUGUGUGCACAAAGUUUGGAUUAAUAUGUACCGGUAUGUCAUUAUCAUCAUUAAAUUUUUCUUAUUUUUUUCAUCAGAGGUCAUGUGUAUGCUUUGAACACAAACUUCCCAGAAGGUUUCUUGUGUUUUGUUGGAGGAAAGUUGAUAUUUCGUCCAAACAUUCCUGAGAAGACCUACAUACAAAAAUUUGCUGAAGUCAUCGAUACUGAAACAUUGAAGGUAGGUGACCACAACAUAACAUGAACCAUCCACUUAUAUAUAUGGCUCCAAGCAUCAGCAGGCACUUUAAUUAAUUUAAUUAUUUUUUAUGUGAUAUAAUGUGAUGGUCAAAAGCUGAGCAUGUAGGUUUUCUAGAAGCUGGUGGUGUAGCACUGGAUUUCUAUGCCAUUGAUUCUAGUAACUUGCAUUUGGCUUGAAACCUGCAUAGACAGCUGUUCCCAGUCAGAUCUAAAAUUGUAUGUUAUUUUGCUCAAAAUGUUCACAAACGAAAACCCAUCAACAAUGGCUUAUUGUUGAGCAUCUUGUGAUUUGAUACGUUGUGUAGAUCUGUUCACCAGUUGAGUACAGUCCAAGUUCCAACAACCACUGCGAUACAGGUGUACCAAGUAGAAAAACUGUGAAUAUUGUUACUGAUGGUGUUUUACUGUGCUGGAUGUACUACCAUGAUGUUUCAAGCCAGACAGGAAGUCUGCAUGGUACUGCGAACCAGUCGGGAUCUGCUAGUGGAUCAAGAAGUACAUCUGCUGUUGUUGAGGUGUAUUUGGAAGUCUUGGAGUUAAAGGUUAGGUCUUCAGCACAGAACAAUAUUAAUGAAAAUACAUAAUGAUCCUUACUGGACCUCUAGGAAGAACAGUUUAGAACUGAUAGAGCUAUCCAGUGUAAAUAAAGUUGGUUUAGUUUAGGUUUCCUCCUGUAGUAACACUGGAUCUAGAUAAGAGAUCAUCCUUACUGGACCUCUAGGGAAGUCAUAUAGAUCGAACUACAGUAUGCAAUUAGUUAAGUUUAGAUUUAGUUUAAACAUUCAAACAUUACAAGAAGAUGCUAUAUUGCAUAUAGUUAAGAAUAAAUUGCAAAGUGAAAUUAUGAUUAUUGAAAUUUCAGCAAAGUGGUGAGAAAUGCACAGCUACAUGUGUUCAAGGGCCGGUUGUUUUGAAAUUCAAAGAAGAGGCAGCAGUGAACAAUCAUGCUGAGUUUCCUAUGCCUCUAGCCAUGAGACCUGUGACUGUGGCACAGCCUACUCAUGAUGAAAACAGUAAGAAUGUUUAGAUCUUUAUGCUUUAUAUAUGUACAGUACC